CUAUUUAUGGUGCUUUGCCUUGAUGGCAUUCUUGGUGUGCUUCGGCAGGUUUGCGGGGAUGUCAGGGAUCUGCAAUCCAAAGAAUGAACACACUCGCACACAAGCACACUCACAUGAAUGAGAUAGCAGCGUACCUUUCUAUCAUUGACGACUGCCUGACUGAUUUGCCAGUCACGUAGGGCUUCAAACGGUGGCGGACCUACAUCAAAACCGCCGUGCCUUGUUGUAUCUGGCUUUUUCGUGAAUGUGCUGAACCUCCAUGAAGCACGACCAGUACUGAAGAUACGCACACGCACACAUACACAAAUGCACCAACAGGCGAUGCACUAGUUGCACGUCUCGUUUGUAUAUGGAUCACUUACUGCCUCCUAGUGCCCACACAUCAACCUUGUCCGAAUCUGUAUUUGUGGACGCAAAAAUAUAUGAUGUUGCUGUUUCAUCCAGUAUUUCGCGCGCACAACUGUUGCGAAAUGCUUCGGGGGCCAU